AUGUCCGACUCGGAAAGCGACCUCUGCCACCACAGCCAUCGACGCAGAAGAGCACCCCUCAUCGCAUUCUACGGUCCAAUAGGAGGAGGAAAUACAUACCCAGCCAACAGACCCGCCACCACCUACCAAAGCUACAGCAGCGACCCACCCUACGACCACCUCCCAGACUAUCCCCGAGUCCGUCUCGCCGAAAGGAGAAGCACAUCGCCCCCUCCUCCUCCUCAUCCUUCACGAAGAUAUUCCUGGAUGACAGAAACCAUGGAACGUCUCUCCGCAGAAAUCAAAACCUGCGGCUUCGAACCCCGGAAACUUACCAAGACGGAAGAGAAAAUUUCUACUGCUGAUGGGAAGCGGUGCAAGGAAGAUCAUCGAGUGAAAAUCGAGGGUAUGAAUGCCAAGAUGACCAAAUUGGAGGAUGCUAUGAAGAGUGUGCAGGAUACUUUGCAGAGUUGCUUGUUGAGAUUGAGGAGAGGGGAGGAUGUAGUGGCCAUCACGAGAGAGUGGCGGGAGUUGCAAGAGCCCGUGUGGAGACAGAGGAGAUUUUUGGAGUACUGA